AAGACUUUUUACUUAAUUUUAGGUUUGCUUGUUGAGCAGGAAAAGGUGACUUCAUCCCCCCCGAACUUUGUUUCUCUCUCUCUAAGUUCUCCAGGCCCUCGAGCUUCUUCUCCUUCUCUCUCUAAGGAUCGGAGAUUUGAAGCUAGAGUGCGGCUUCAAUGGCGGCGGCAGUGGUGAGCUCUGCAAGUGGCCUCUUGGCCAUGCUUAACGAGAGUCACCCAGUCCUGAAGCUCCAUGCCCUAACCAACCUCAACACUUUGGUUGAUAAUUUUUGGCCCGAGAUAUCCACUAGUGUCCCCACAAUAGAGAGUUUAUAUGAAGAUGAAGAAUUUGAUCAAAGACAACUUGCUGCUUUGGUUGUUUCAAAGGUAUUCUACUACCUUGGUGAGCUAAAUGAUUCACUAUCAUACGCACUAGGUGCUGGGCCUCUGUUUAAUGUAUCAGAAGAUUCUGAUUAUGUUCACACGCUUCUUGCCAAAGCUAUAGAUGAAUAUGCAAGUCUUCGCACAAAAGCGGCGGAGUCCCAUGAAGAAGUGGCAAAGGUGGAUCCUAGAUUGGAGGCUAUUGUUGAAAGAAUGCUUGACAAGUGUAUUUUGGACGGGAAAUUUCAACAAGCCAUGGGGAUGGCUAUUGAGUGUAGAAGAUUGGAUAAGUUAGAGGAAGCGAUCACAAAAAGUGAGAGCGUUCAUGGAACACUUGCCUACUGCAUUAGUGUCUCUCAUUCUUUUGUUAAUCGAAGAGAAUAUCGGCGUGAGGUUCUUCGUCUACUUGUCAAAAUAUAUCAAAGAUUGCCUUCUCCAGAUAACUUAAGCAUUUGUCAAUGUCUAAUGUUUCUGGAUGAACCAGAAGGUGUGGUUAGCAUAUUGGAGAAACUCCUAAAGUCAAGCAAUAAGGAUGAUGCUCUGCUAGCCUUUCAGAUCGCUUUUGAUCUAGUUGAGAAUGAACACCAAGCCUUUCUCUUGAGUGUUAGAGAUCGUCUCCCUGAUCCUAAACCACAAACUUCAAAUCGUAUGAAUACGGAGCAAACAUCUGAGAAUGGAGCCAGUGGAUCAGGGGUUACUCAAAAUGGUGAUGCAGAAGCAGGUGGAGAUGUUCAGAUGAAGGAAGAAACUGUUGCUGUUAAUGGUAGCACACAUGAGAUGGACUCGAGGGAUGUUACUUAUUCUGAGAAGUUGGCCAAACUAAAAGGAAUUUUAUCUGGUGAAACAUCCAUACAGUUGACGUUACAGUUCUUGUAUAGUCACAACAGGUCGGAUCUUCUAAUCCUGAAAACAAUAAAGCAGUCAGUUGAGAUGAGAAACAGUGUUUGUCACAGUGCCACUAUCUAUGCAAAUGCAAUAAUGCAUGCAGGAACAACUGUAGAUACAUUCCUUAGAGAAAAUCUGGACUGGCUCAGUCGUGCUACUAACUGGGCGAAGUUCAGCGCUACAGCAGGGCUUGGUGUCAUUCACAGUGGUCACCUCCAACAAGGUAGAUCUCUAAUGGCUCCUUACCUACCACAAAGUGGUGCAGCUGGUGGUGGGAGCCCAUAUUCAGAAGGUGGUGCCCUUUAUGCUUUGGGUCUAAUUCAUGCCAACCAUGGAGAAGGCAUUAAGCAAUUCCUCCGUGAUAGCCUGAGGAACACCACAGUUGAGGUCAUUCAGCAUGGUGCAUGUUUAGGCCUCGGUUUGGCAGCCCUUGGGACAGCAGAUGAGGAGAUCUAUGAGGACGUUAAGCAUGCACUUUAUACUGAUAGUGCUGUGGCUGGUGAAGCUGCGGGUAUAAGUAUGGGUUUGCUCUUGGUUGGGACAGCCAGUGAGAAGGCUAGUGAGAUGCUUACUUAUGCGCAUGACACCCAACAUGAGAAGAUCAUCAGGGGGCUAGCACUUGGCAUUGCCCUUACGGUAUAUGGAAGGGAGGAAGAGGCUGACACUUUGAUCGAACAAUUGACACGGGAUCAAGACCCAAUAUUGCGUUAUGGUGGUAUGUAUGCCUUAGCUUUGGCGUAUAGUGGAACUGCCAAUAACAAGGCUAUCCGUCAGCUGCUCCACUUUGCUGUGUCGGAUGUGAGUGAUGAUGUGCGGAGGACUGCUGUCCUUGCACUUGGAUUUGUUCUGUACUCUGAACCUGAGCAGACUCCCAGGAUUGUUUCCCUUCUCUCUGAGUCCUACAACCCUCAUGUCCGGUAUGGUGCAGCCCUCGCUGUGGGCAUCUCUUGUGCAGGCACUGGGCUAAGUGAGGCAAUCUCUUUGCUUGAGCCUCUCACCUCGGAUGUUGUUGAUUUUGUUCGCCAGGGUGCCUUAAUUGCAAUGGCAAUGGUUAUGGUUCAGAUCAAUGAGUCUCAAGACCCUCGUGUCGGCACUUUUAGGAGACAGCUGGAGAAAAUAAUCCUUGAUAAGCAUGAGGAUACAAUGAGCAAGAUGGGGGCAAUUCUUGCAUCUGGGAUUAUCGAUGCUGGGGGCAGGAAUGUGACCAUCAAGCUGCUUUCUAAGAACAAGCACGAUAAAGUCACGGCUGUCAUUGGGCUUGCUGUUUUUAGCCAGUUUUGGUAUUGGUAUCCUCUUAUUUACUUCAUCAGCCUGGCUUUCUCCCCAACUGCCUUCAUUGGGCUCAACUAUGACAUCAAGGUCCCCAGAUUCGAGUUCUUGUCGCAUGCCAAGCCUUCGCUUUUUGAGUAUCCACGCCCUACAACCGCACCAACCACUACAUCGACUGUCAAGUUGCCGACUGCUGUUUUGUCAACAUCCGCAAAGGCUAAAGCCAGGGCCAAGAAAGAGGCAGAUCAGAAGGCUAGCUUGGAGAAACCAUCAGGGGAAGAUGGGUCUUCGUCAAAUACUGGUUCAAGCUCGGGAAAGAGUAGUAAAUCCCUUGAGAAGGAUGGUGACUCCGUGCAGGUGGAUAGUGCUCCUGAGAAGAAGGCAGAAGCAGAGGCAUCCUUUGAAAUCCUUACAAACCCAGCUCGUGUUGUCCCUGCCCAAGAAAAGUACAUAAAAUUCUUGGAGGAGAGCAGGUAUGUGCCAGUCAAGUUAGCUCCUUCAGGUUUUGUUCUCCUCAGAGAUACCCGACCCUCUGAACCGGAGGUGCUCGCCCUCACUGAUUCCCCUUCAUCUGUGGCCUCUGCUGGUGGGGCUCAGCAGGCUUCUGCCUCUGCCUCAGCCAUGGCUGUUGACGAAGAACCUCAACCUCCUCAACCCUUCGAGUACACCUCAUGAUCUUGUUAGUUGAAGCAUAUACAGCUCUCCAAGUUUUUGUCUCUCUUUAUCUAUUUCCAAAUGGGGGCCCUGGCUUCAAAAGAACAGAUGGGUUGGUGGGUUCCUUUUUAAGAUGGCCUUUUAUUUUCAAUGGUUUUCCUUGUUUUGUUGGCAUCUUUGUAGUUGUUUUUGUCCCUUAUUGUCUUUUCAAUUGGAAAGGAGAGAGCGGGGUGGGGGAGGUUUGAUUUAUGUUACUCUGUAAGGAAAGCAUGCUAUUAGAGAAUGAUUUUCCCACCCUGAAUCUAGAAAAAGGAAAUUGCUGCGAUUGAAGAAAUGUAUAAAUAGCAGAUGGGCAUCGCCCACGCUUGUUAUGUUUUUGCAGUGAGUCUGGAUCCGUUUUGACUUAUUGAAAAACUCUAGUAUGUUACUUGGAUGAAAUUAAUUUGAUUGAUGCUCUUCUUUGAAGGAA